UCCUUAUCACCCGUUUACUUUAUCAGGUUUUGUCGAAGCUCGCGCUCUUGCCCGCAAGUCCGUGACCGUAGAAUACAGUCCUCGACGCCGAUAAAGACGUAUUCCUGGAUAUCUUCGGAACAGUGUUUGAACGUGGCACUAAGUUGACCAACAAGCGGCGCCUUGAAGGUCUCCAGGCAAGUUGUUGAAGUUCGAAACGCAACCGCAACCACCGCAAGUGAACGCAAACUAGCGCGCUCGCGUGGGAAGCCGCGCGCGGGCCCGGAGAAGAAAGGGAGGAGGAGAGGACACCGCACGGGGAAGUGAGUAAAGGAGAGAGCGAGAGUUCCUUCGUGAGUGGGGCUUGGCUUUGCGUUGCCGCGCCCCGAGGAACCCCAUUGGUCUUGGACCACCAACCAAGCCCGGCCCCCUUCAAAUUCUCCGGCUCUUGCCGAAGGACCCGGUGUUUUUAAGAAGCCGGGCGACGUCGGUCCGCUUUAGUCGCGCGCCACUGCCUCGCCGUCGGUCCUAGCGACCAUCCGUGCGUUUUUUUUUUGUUUUCUCAGGAAGCUGCCCUGUUUCCGCGACAUGCCUCACACGCCGAGCGUGUUUCCUUCCGCGGUGCUGGAGGACAGUUGUCUGCCGUCGCCCGCGGCUGAUAGCCACUACGCCGUCCUGCAGGCUUCGUAUCAGCAAAGCGUAUCUCACCAGCAGCACGGUCACGUCCCCCACGUGAUCGUCCAGCACCCGGUGCCCCAGCUGGCGUCCAACGGCGACGGGUGUCACCCUCGCCUUCACCAACAGCAGCAGCACCGGCUGCCGUCCCCGAACGGCGUCGAAGAGCGAUCGUGCAUCGGAGAGCAUCUGCAGGGCAUCGCAGCCAAGCGCCAGCGCAAGCAGCAUCAGCAACACCAGCAGCAGCAACACCAGCAGCAGCAGCACCAGCAGCAACAGCACAGUUUCAAGAGGAACGACUCGGACGGCGAGUCCUCCUCGUCGUCGUCGGACGGGUCGCGGUCUCGCAAGCGCCCCUGCCACAGCUUCGAGGAGCUGCAGACGCAGCGCAUGCUGGCCAACGUGCGCGAGCGGCAGCGCACGCAGUCGCUCAACGAGGCGUUCGCGUCGCUGCGCAAGAUCAUCCCGACCAUGCCGUCGGACAAGCUGAGCAAGAUCCAGACCCUCAAGCUGGCCUCCAUGUACAUCUCCUUCCUGUUCGAGGUGCUCAACAGCGACGAGACCGAGAGCAAACUGAGCAGCCAGUGCAGCUUCAUCGCCAACGAGCACCUCAGCUACGCCUUCUCCGUCUGGAGGAUGGAGGGAGAGUGGUCCACGCUCUGACCGCCGGGCACCGCUGCUGCUGCUGCUGUUGCGGCGACGUAAAUUAUUUGCGAGGAGCUUUCUCCCACGGCCGGACCACCUUCUUCCCGUCGUGCCCCGAAGAGCGAGCGGAGACUGGUCGGUGCGUCUUCGAGUCCUGCGAAUCUGGGAGAGACAAAACGAGGAAGCCAGCGGCUCGGUGUCAUCGGAGAGCACACCGCAGACUUCUCCAUGUGCCGCAGACCGUCAAACACGUCAAAGUGUUUUGCUCGUUGUACACACGGGCAGAAAAGCUCGAGGAACACGUGUGCGGCGAAACAACGAGGUCAACGGAGAAAGAACUGACUUCCGUCUCGACGCAGUUGCACAUGACCUGAAACUGUGCGACGCACUACAGCGUUCACACGUACACGGAGCUUCGGUUUACACUUCCAAGGUCGAAGGUUGCAAACUCGAAUGACGGGCACAUUUUAGCCCUUUAUCUGUGCCUUUGCUCCACAAACAUUUGUACCCACCUCCGACUGUGCCUUCCAGCCCAAGCCUGACCGGGUUCGCGAUUUUUAAAAAUUAUUUUAUGGGGUCAUGAGAACUAUUUGUUAUUGACCAAGUGCAUUUUCACUAAAAGACGUCCGCCAUUACGAUCGACCGGAGCUUGUUCAACCCACAGCCCUGAAGCGUAUAUGAACUGUUGUAGCUCUCGUAAUGCUCUGUGAAGGCGGACACCAGACUGUAUGCUUUCUAGCGAUUUACACUUAUAUCGCGGCAUCUCGAAGAGUGUAUCUCGCUGUCGGCACGAUUGUCUUUAAUUUCUCGGGCUAUAUUGGCGUAACAACUCCGCAUCUUUGCACGCGAGAACACAGUAGAUCCAGUCGUCCUGUUGCAAAAGUUAAUUCCCACAACCGAUCGAACCGUCAGUUUAGUCUGCGGAUCUGGAGCCGAGAGAAAAAAAAAGAAUUACGCAUGAAGGAAGAGAAUCUGAAGCUUCACUGUUUAGACAGUCGUCGUUUUAUUUUAGGAGUCUUCAUAAUGAAAGCUGGCUUCUUCGGAAUAAAACCCGAACCUGUGGAUGGCAAUACAGAUAUCAAGUGCAAUAAUAAACAAAUAAUGUAACGCAAUUUGGCCAUUCCCCCCCCCCCACACACCUACAUAUAUAUAUAUAUAUAUAUAUAUAUAUAUAUAUGAUGUGUGUGAAGGCUCAGUAAACAACAGCGCGCGUUCUGCAGUUGCGCUACAGGAAAAUGUGGAGAAAGAAAUGUCUGACUCAAGUUCUCUGCGACAUGCACCGCGAUGUGAGGCUGACUGCGACUAAUGUUCGUUGACAAAAUAACGCGCAUUUAUUGAAUUUCACUGUGCCAAAGAAAGUCCAAAGAGCGACCUCGUGUCUCAUCGACUGCCAAAGACCUUGUGAUAUAGAUGGCCAUUUCCGAAGGCAAUAUGUAUUUAUGUAUUUCCCAUGUAUCUUACGGACGCCAUAUUUUGGACAGGUUAUCGCCGCAGUGUAAUAUCGGUAAUGGCUUAUGUAUGUCGCGUGCCAAAUUUUCGCGCUGAAUAUAUAAGUACGUUGUUGAUUGUCACAGUAUGCCACACGUGUAUAUAUAAUGGCUUAAACGGCAGCUCCGCAAAUAAAUUAUCGAGGUAAUAUCUCGCCACCGCAUUAUCGUGGACAUUCUAAACAUAUCGUGGAGUGUGCAAUCUUUUUAAGAGCCAGUUCUAAUUUCUUUUUUUUAAUGUUUUCUGACCACUUCGUUGUCUUUGUGUCUGUGCUCAUCUGCCAUCGCAAAUACUUUUUUUUUCUCUAGCAUGCCUGACCACAAAUUCCAACUAGCAGAUCAUGCAGAUAAAACACAUUGUUUCUGCCCCUCUCGCUUUUCGUAUGCUUGUUUUCGUUACGCCGCGUGCUUUAUUGCAGCAGACGUAUGCAUGACAAGUUGCACGUUGUUAUAUGUGUCUUUGUAAGCAGUCUUGUGUUUCUUCCGCGUCUUGUAAGAAAGUGCAGUGUCAAAUCUUCGACUUGCCUGUGCCCGGGACCUAUUGCAAUAUCGUUCUGUAUAUACAGUCAUAUGCUCGUGCAAUGUGAACAUUCUUGUUAAUACAUGAAGUCGUCGCAAGGAGAUCAAUAAAGAUGUACUAUUUUUAUACGUGCUAA